AUGGAGAUCCUGAGAACGAAAUGGGCGGCGACUGUGGCCGGGACAUGGAUCCAAUGCGUCGUCGGAGCGUCCUACACGUUCGGCAUCUACUCCCCGGUCCUCAAGGCCACACAGGGCUACGACCAAUCCACCCUCGACACCGUCUCCGUCUUCAAGGACAUCGGCGCCAACGCCGGCAUCCUCUCGGGCCUCCUCUACUCCUCCGUCACCCUCGAAUCCGGUGGCAGUGGGGUGGGCCUGGGUGGUCCAUGCGGUUGGUGCCGCCCAGUGCUUCGAGGACUACUUUGUCAGGGCGAAGAAUCCCCUCCCAUGCCCUCUGUCUCGACGAAGAAUAAGGGGAAGUGGUGGCGGAGAAGAUGCGACCAGAUCUGGUCUCACCAUUUGGAAGAGGAAGACGAUAGAAUGGAUGCUGCCUCGAAGAGAGUCUGCGAAGAGGAAUAA